AUGGCUCGUUGUUGUCAAAAUUUUUGUAAAGAGUUCAAAGCAUUUGCCCUUCGUGGCGAUGUAAUAGAUUUAGCAGUUGGUAUUGUUAUUGGUACAGCUUUUGUGAAUUUAGUUCAAUCGCUUGUCGAUGAUAUUAUUACACCACCAUUAGGUCUUAUUUUAGGUGGUGUUGAUUUUGUUAAUUUAACAAUAAAAAUGAAAAAUUUCAUCUACAAAAAUCAACCACCUGUUGUUAUUCGAUAUGGCAAAUUUAUUCAAACAAUAAUAUCAUUAUUUAUUGUGUUAUUUGCAGUAUUUUUUGUUAUUAAAGCUAUUAAUAGAUUACAUCAUAUUUCAACAAAAAAGAAACCCAAGCCGGAAAAUGAAGAAUUAGUACAACUUGAAAUAAAUCAAGAAGUUAAAGUUUUAUGUGAAAUACGAGAUUUAUUAGCAAAACAAUCUUCAGUUGUUCGAUAG